UUGACAAUUUACAAUAACACAACAGUCAGCAAAAAUACAUCAUAUUUUUAAAAGCAGUAUCCAAAACUUGAAGAAUAUACAUUAUUACUUCAAUUUUGUAAAGUACCUACUAUUGGCGAUAUGACACUAAAUCUUGGAAGAAAAGACGGUGGCCCGGGAUACGUUGGUAUUCAGUUCUGUCAAGAAUGCAAUAACAUGCUUUACCCGCGCGAAGAUAAAAACAACAAAGUUUUGUUAUACGCUUGUAGAAAUUGCGAUUACAAGCAACUUGCAGAUUCCAACUGUGUGUACGUAAACAAAAUUAUGCACGAAGUUGAUGAAUUGACUCAUAUAAAUCCUGAUGUCGUUAGUGACCCAACUCUACCCCGUACGAAGGAUCAUACGUGUCCAAAAUGCAAUCACAGAGAAGCUGUAUUCUUCCAGGGUCAAACUAGACGAGCUGAAGAAGAGAUGAGGCUCUAUUAUGUAUGUACAAGUUGCAAACAUAGAUGGACUGAGUGAAUAUUAUUUAAGGUUAUAUUGUUAGGGAAUUUAAAGUAUAAUAAAGUGUAAGUACAAUA